AUGAACAAUUAUACGCCAUACAACACGCCGCCGGCCCAUCCGGCGGCUUACUACGGAUUCAGCGCGACGCCGUCGCCAGCUGGAUCACCCUCAGGAGCCCACGGUGGAUUCUACGCGCCACGACCAGGUCCAGGACCAAAACACCAUUCACGACACACUUCGGGAGAUGCCUAUGGCUAUUCACACUCCCCGCGAGCUUUCUCGCCCAGGUAUAACUCCAAAGGAGACUACGCGACUGCUGCCAAUGUGAGUCGAAAACAAAGUUCUUGGUCCGGCCCGCGCUAUGAGGCGAGGCGUCGAAAUUCUUACUCCUAUCGAGCCUCUCAUGGGGAUUCCGACGAGGACGAAUAUGAAUAUGUAGAUUAUUUUGUGGAUGGUGUGAUCUACCGAGUACCGGCUCGCCGGCCUACAAAGACAACUUACAAUUAUCGUGGGCGUGGCACUGAUCACUACUACUCUCAGGGCCAUGGAUACGCGUAUGAGAAGGAUGAACCUGAGGACUCGCCACUUUACGAACCAUCACCUAGACGACGUCGACAAUCAUCUUCGACGCCACAGCGACCAUCAACAGCGCGACCGACGACCGCACCAAAGACGGCACCAAAGAAGCCGCCACCAACGGCCAAGGCUACCGAUGCUGACGCACGCAAGCAUCGUAUUCCCCCGGGAUACUCACUUAAGAACUGGGAUCCUUCCGAGGAGCCGAUCAUGCUCUUAGGCAGUGUUUUCGAUGCCAACAGCCUCGGCAAAUGGGUCUACGACUGGACCGUCUACCAUCAUGGACCCGCCACACCCAUCGCCGACAUGGCCGGCGAACUCUGGCUGCUUCUGAUUCAGCUUGCGGGCAAAGUGAAGCGGGCGGAAGAAUGCAUGCCGCGCAUUCGAAAGGAGGAGAACAGAGAGAUGGUGGAGGAUUUUAUUGAAUCAGGGGAACGAUUAACGGAUAAACUAAAGAAGCUGCUUAAGGCGUGUGAGACGCCUAUGUUGAAGGCAGGCAAGAGACAUGGAAAGGAGCAGGCGCAGUUGGGCAAGAACGCAGGCACCGAGUUUGUCGAUUCCAUCUUUGGACGGGACCGGCAGCUUGAGCACACGGAGAAGUUCAUGGCAUCCAUUCGGCUCUGGAAUCUGCGAUUUGACGCCAACUGCGAGGAUAUACUUCGAAGGCCAGGACAAUAG